AUGUCCGUGAUGGAAGAAUGCAAACAAAUACUGGCUCGGCAGAAAUCCAGCUCCCAGUCUGAUUCUCAUGAUGAUGAGAUUUCCCCUCCUCCUCCCAACCCAGUGGUAAAAGCCCGACGCAGGAGAGGAGGGGUCAGUGCAGAAGUGUACACAGAGGAGGAUGCUGUUUCUUACGUCAGAAAGGUUAUUCCAAAGGACUAUAAAACUAUGACUGCUCUGGCAAAGGCCAUCUCCAAGAACGUGCUCUUUGCUCAUCUUGAUGACAAUGAACGAAGUGACAUAUUCGAUGCCAUGUUCCCCGUCACACACAUCGCAGGAGAAACAGUCAUACAACAGGGUGAUGAAGGUGAUAACUUCUAUGUGAUUGACCAAGGCGAGGUGGAUGUUUAUGUCAAUGGGGAGUGGGUCACCAGCAUCGGAGAAGGAGGCAGUUUUGGGGAACUGGCAUUGAUCUAUGGAACACCCCGGGCUGCCACCGUCAAGGCCAAGACAGAUCUCAAGCUCUGGGGCAUCGACAGAGACAGCUACAGACGCAUUUUAAUGGGCAGCACGCUGAGAAAGCGGAAGAUGUAUGAAGAAUUCCUGAGCAAGGUCUCCAUUCUGGAGUCCCUGGACAAAUGGGAGCGGCUGACGGUGGCUGAUGCACUGGAACCUGUCCAGUUUGAAGAUGGAGAAAAAAUUGUUGUGCAGGGAGAGCCCGGUGAUGACUUCUUCAUUAUUACAGAGGGCACAGCGUCUGUUCUGCAGCGCAGGUCUGACAACGAGGAGUACAUCGAAGUUGGGAGACUUGGUCCGUCAGAUUAUUUUGGUGAGAUAGCGUUACUGCUCAACCGGCCCCGAGCUGCUACGGUGGUGGCACGCGGACCCCUGAAGUGCGUGAAGCUGGAUCGGCCCCGCUUUGAACGAGUGCUUGGUCCUUGCUCCGAAAUCCUCAAGAGGAACAUCCAGAGAUACAACAGUUUCAUUUCACUCACCGUCUAAAUGAUUCCUUCUGAAAGCUGCCUUUGUGUGACCUUGUGCACUUAAAUUUGCUCUGUGCAGCUCCGUAGCUUUAUGAGGAAGAAAAUAAGAGGUGUGUGUUUUAUGUGUAUUUUUUUCUGUUUAUGUCACAUACUGGAUGUCAGUUCAAAUCUCAUGUAUCAUGUAAGUAGGAAGACAACUGUUUGGAUAAGACUAGCUUUGGGGAAAAUUAGGAUUUUGGCUUGCAGGCAAGAUUUUUACGUACUGGUGGAUCAUAAAGCUUAAAACUGUGUUUUUAACUAUUUAAAAUCCAUAUGAAUUUCUCUUUCUUUUUUCUUUAAAGUAGGUUUUAUUCAGUUUUUGUCAAG